UUAAGAAAACAAGAGUAUAAAUCAGGAAAGCUCUACGCGUGGUUUUGAAAAAGCUACUUGUUCUGAGCGAUUUCAGGCGUGAUAUUUAAUCGUUUCUUGUUAGCAAACGUCGUUGGCUACAAACUGAAACAGUUCUAGUCCGUUAAUGUUAACUAUCUUAUCAGAGAUUUAAUAGCAAGUUCGUUAAUACGCACUAAUCUGUAUGAUGAACGAAAGCCUGGCUGGCUAGCUUGCGUCGAGUCACAUGAAAUUUAGAAAGAUACAACUUAGCAAGGGUUAGUUAAGUGUCAAUAGCUAAUUGUUAAUACAUUUUCACUACCUAUGUACCGUGUGCUACCGUUUUACUAUUAGUUUGAUUGUUGGUAAAUAUAUAACGGUAAUGCGUUUCUUUUAUAGCGAACGAAGAGUAUGGAUAUGUAAUGAAAAGUUUACUAGGUGGCUGCGGAACUAGCUGAUCGAGGAUCAGUGAAGUUAACCACAGUUCUGGUCUCGACCUAUGGUCUCGACUUUUCGUACCAAAACGGAAACUGAUCCCGAGUCAGUGUGACGGACACUCUCGUGGGGCUAAACGGAGUGAACGAUGAAGAAAGAAAUUGCGGCAGUGGUGUUUUUUAUGAAACGGCUGGUCAGGAAGGCGGAAAAGCUGGAGACGGAGAAAGUGGAUCGUUUUGUGGAGAGACUGACUGUGGCAUUACAGGAGAAAUACCGGGGGCACUGGUACCCUGAGAACCCCAGCAAAGGCCAGGCUUUCAGGUGUAUUCGAGUGAACGGGUUUCUGAAGGAGGACCCUGAGCUGCUGAGAGCCUGUCGGGAGAGCGGGGUGCAGUACAGAGACCUGGGCCUGCCACAGGAACUCACUCUCUGGGUGGACCCUGGGGAGGUAUGCUGCAGGUACGGGGAGAAGAACCACGCCUUCACAGUGGCGAGUUUCUCGGGAGACGACGUGGACGACAAGGAGGACGUGACCAAGAAGGUGACGAGCGCGGUGGAGAAGGUGACGUCGGACUACCACUCCGGCUCCUCGUCUGACGAAGAGAGCGGCACCCGAGAGGCCUGUGUGACCCCCCCUUUCCCCCACUUCCAGCCCCGCUACCAGGCGGUGCCCCAAAUCCCCUACCAGCCGGUCCACGUGUGGCACCCGUUUCCGAAAAAGAAGACCGGGCCCGGGAAGGGGCACGGGCCCCCCCACCCUCACUUUGGCUUCCGCCCCCACGCCAGGCCCAACCCCUGCUUCAGACCGAACGGCUGGUGUCCCGUCCGGCCCCGAAACGGACCGGGUUACUGGGGCAGCACCCCAAACCUGGCCCACUCUUAGGAACCACUAAAGCGAAACAGUGACGUAGUUACUCUGGAAACGAAAAGGACUGACACAAUGCUGACCAAACUCUGAAAGUAUUUUUGUAGUAAUUAUUUGUUUAUCGUAAUAACUUUCUUUUUGAUUUUUUGAAUUUGUACAAGUUUUAAAAAGAUAUGUUGACUCUGCACUUUAGAUAAUUUGUUAUAGAAAGUUGUGUAAGGUGUUUGCUUAUAUACAGAAUUAGAAAUCUUGUUGGCUAUGAUAGGAAAUUUUAAUUAUGGAAAUAUGUACUGUAUUUAUAUUUAAUGGGAUCACUGUUAUUCUCUGAUGUUCGACAGACUGUCCAUCAGUUUUGUUUAAAUGACCAAAUGUUUUGUAUGUAUUCACAUCAUAGUAUUGUGCUGACUACUUAAAUUAUGAAAUACAUUAAACGUUUUCUUAAUUAGA